AGGAGAAAAAUAAAAGAGUUUAUUAUGUGAAGAGUGGGUCUUUUAUCUUUUUUGGGGGGAGGUUUUUGGCUUCAAGGCGAGCCAUUUAAAGUUGCUCACCUUUUAUUGCCUCUCGAUUGACAAUGCCCUUUGCUCUUCAUCCUUCAUCGCUCGUGGGUUUCCUUCUCUCUCUCUCUCUCUUAUUACAGUUGAACUGAAAAAUGAGGUAAAGGACCUCUUUGUCCCAAUCUGAAUCUGUAGUUUUUUACCCACCCCCCACUUUCUUUAAUGUUAAAAGAUUGCCUGCUUCUUUUCAUCAUUGGAUUCCUAUCGUUUCCGGCUUCCUCAAAAUUUUUCUGUUCCUGGGGUUUCUGCUGAGGGUGCUUUUCUUGAUUGGGGGUUGAAAAAGUUUUAGACCUUUUACCCUUCCUAGUGCUCUAGAUGCCAUUACUUCCUACUCAAAUGAUUGCAAUUAUUAUCCCUUCUUUAGUUUUCUGUGGCGUAAUUUCGCGGUAACAGUUUGUUGGGUCUUUUCUUUUUGAGGAGUUCUCCUUCUGUUUUGAUUCUUCUCCCUAAAAUUCUCUCUGGGUUUUUCUUUGGGAUCUUGAAGAUGGGACUUUGAGGAUAUUUAUGAGAUGGGUUUUGAGUAAUUGUACAAUUUAUCGCUCCCCAAAAUCAUUUUCAUGAGGGUUCUCUCUUGCAAGCCCAAAUGCCUUUCCGUUUGCUUCUCUGAUUCACCAAAAAGCCUCGAGUCUCCUCCCGCUUUGAAAUUUGAAGAUGCCCAUCAAAAUGAUUCAAACCAGUCUCCAGUUUCUGAUGCUCUGGAGGAGCAACCGGUUGAGGAGGAUAUUGAUGAGGGUGAGAGGGUUGAGUCUAGUGAUGUGAAGUUUGAGAUUUUGCCAAAGAGCAGUCUUAAGAAAUCAUCGGCGUCGGGAUCAGAGGAGAGGCCAAAGGAGAGGGUGAAAUGGAUGGAUUUUGUUGGGAAAGAGCUUGUUGAGAUUAAAGAAUUCGAACCUGUUGACUCCUCAGAGUCAGAGGAUGAAGGUAGAGGCAACCAAGCAUGUGUUUGCGUCAUACAAUAAUAAUCCACUUGAUUCCAUCUCUGUAAAUUCAUGAAACAUAUUGGAGAGCUCUCCCUUUGCCCAUUUAUUUGCCCUUUAUUUAUGUAUGCAUUAUUCUUUUGGUAUAUAGGGCAUAGAAGUUAAGUUUGAGUGUAUGCACGGAGAGAUAAUAACGCUUCUUACGAUGAGAUUAAAUUCGACCUGUUGUCUUCGUUUUCCGUCUUCAAAUGUUUGUAAAAAUUAGUUACUCAUUUAUGCAUCAAUUUGCAAAUUUAUUUUG